AUCUUUUAGGAGUGCAAUUAUACACCAAAACCCUCUCUUGCUCAGUGCUAACUGCUAAGUAGUCAGUAGUUUCGCCCCAUUUCGAUCUUCUUAACCCCCAAAUUCUCCCGACUCCUUCAUUUUGCAUCUCCCAACAAUGGGCCAAAACAGCAGUGGUUUAAACCGCCAAGGCGGACGGAAACCAGACGGCGACAAAAAGGAGAAGAAAUACGAGCCAGCAGCACCACCAUCACGCGUCGGCAGAAAGCAGCGUAAGCAGAAAGGUCCUGAUGCUGCUGCUCGUCUUCCUGUUGUUACUCCCUUAUCAAAAUGCAAACUCAGGCUUCUUAAGCUUGAAAGAAUCAAGGAUUACCUUUUAAUGGAGGAAGAAUUUGUUGCUAAUCAAGAAAGACUUAAGCCUCAAGAAGAAAAAACUGAGGAAGAUCGUUCUAAAGUUGAUGAUCUUCGUGGGUCUCCUAUGAGUGUUGGGAGUUUGGAAGAAAUGAUUGAUGAGAAUCAUGCUAUAGUUAGUUCUUCUGUUGGCCCUGAGUAUUAUGUUAGUAUUCUUUCCUUUGUGGAUAAGGAUCAGUUGGAGCCGGGCUGUGCUAUUCUAAUGCAUAAUAAGGUGCUUUCUGUUGUUGGUUUACUCCAAGAUGAAGUUGAUCCUAUGGUGUCUGUAAUGAAAGUUGAAAAGGCUCCACUGGAAUCAUAUGCGGAUAUUGGUGGUUUGGAUGCUCAAAUACAAGAGAUUAAAGAAGCAGUUGAGCUACCAUUGACUCAUCCUGAACUCUAUGAAGACAUUGGUAUUAGACCUCCCAAGGGAGUCAUACUUUAUGGAGAGCCUGGUACUGGUAAAACUCUGCUUGCUAAGGCCGUUGCAAAUUCAACAUCAGCUACUUUUCUACGCGUUGUUGGCAGUGAAUUGAUUCAGAAAUAUCUUGGUGAUGGCCCGAAAUUAGUUAGGGAGCUCUUCAGAGUAGCAGAUGACCUUUCACCAUCUAUUGUUUUCAUUGAUGAAAUUGAUGCCGUUGGGACAAAGAGGUAUGAUGCUCAUUCUGGUGGUGAACGUGAAAUUCAGAGGACCAUGUUAGAACUUCUCAAUCAGCUGGAUGGUUUUGAUUCAAGAGGUGACGUCAAAGUCAUCCUGGCUACGAACAAAAUUGAAAGCCUUGAUCCAGCUUUGCUUCGUCCUGGUCGAAUAGAUAGGAAAAUUGAAUUCCCGCUUCCUGAUAUCAAAACAAGGAGAAGAAUUUUUACUAUCCACACUUCGAGAAUGACAUUGUCUGAUGAUGUCAAUCUUGAAGAAUUUGUUAUGACCAAGGAUGAGUUUUCUGGUGCCGAUAUAAAGGCGAUUUGCACUGAAGCUGGCUUGCUUGCCCUUAGAGAACGCCGUAUGAAGGUUACACAUGCAGACUUCAAGAAAGCAAAGGAAAAAGUGAUGUUCAAGAAGAAAGAAGGCGUGCCAGAGGGACUGUAUAUGUGAAGAGCCAGCAUGUUUUACGAUUACGAACUUGACUUGCAUAGAAUCUGAUAACAUAUGGUUUUUGCCUUAAGUUUCUGUAUAUUUUGGUUUUACACUCUGUUUUGACAUGUGAAAAUAGAAGAAAAGAAGGGAGAGUGAAGGAUCUGUUUUCUCACUCUGACAAAAACACCUUCCUUCCAAUGGUGGAGAGAUUUAGGAUGGAAAUGGAGCUCCAUUUUCGGUUUCCUCCCCCUUCUAUGUUAGCAUCUUUGUUUCUAUACGUACCUAAUACUAUAAAGAAGUCGCUUUCAAUCAUCUAAAUGAAAACAUGAAAACUGUUUGGUUCGGCCCUUGUCAGAUGGGUUACGGGAUGGACCUCCAGCCCUGACUCGGGGAAAAAACAUUUUUUGUGAAACAGUUUUCUGUGAAAAGCUUCAAGGGAAUAUAUGGUUAGUGUUGAUAUUUUCAGUGAAAGA